UCCUCCUUGAGCCUGGAAGACUAUGGGCCAGGAGCUGUGUGCGAAGACUCUCCGGCCCGGCUGCAGCUGCCAUCGCUGCUGGGAGGGAGGCGAUGCACGCAGCUGUCAGAGGAGAGCGCCCGAGAGGACCAGGACCGAGGCUGCCAUCCAGCUAACAGACCUCAAAGAAGCAUCACGUUCCAUGACUUCAUUUCACCCCAGGGGACGUCAGGCUGCCCAUGCCCGGAAGUGCAAGAGUAAAAGGCCACGCAGUAACAGUGAGUCUUUUCAGGAAGAGGAUCUGAGGCAGGGCUUUCAGUGGCCCACGAAGAGCCUCCUCCCUUUUGGGGCAGCCUCAUCCUACUUGAACUUGGAGAAGCUGGGUGAAGGUUCCUAUGCUACGGUUUACAAGGGGAUUAGCAGAAUAAACAGACAACUAGUGGCUUUAAAAGUCAUCAGCAUGAAUGAAGAGGAAGGAGUCCCAUUUACAGCCAUCCGAGAAGCUUCGCUUUUGAAGGGUCUGAAACAUGCCAAUAUUGUGCUCCUGCAUGACAUAAUCCACACCAAAGAGACACUGACGUUCGUUUUCGAAUACAUGCACACGGACCUGGCCCAGUACAUGUCCCAGCACCCGGGCGGACUGCACCCUCACAACGUCCGGCUUUUCAUGUUUCAACUUUUGCGGGGCCUGGCGUACAUCCACCACCAACACGUUCUUCACAGGGACCUGAAACCUCAGAACAUUCUCAUCAGUCACCUGGGAGAGCUCAAGCUGGCUGACUUUGGUCUUGCUCGGGCCAAGUCCAUUCCCAGCCAGACCUACUCUUCAGAAGUUGUGACCCUCUGGUACCGCCCUCCUGAUGCUCUGCUGGGAGCCACUGAAUAUUCCUCUGAACUGGACAUAUGGGGUGCCGGCUGCAUCUUUAUUGAAAUGUUCCAGGGUCAACCUUUGUUUCCUGGGGUUACCAGCAUCUUUGAACAGCUGGAGAAGAUCUGGGAGGUGUUGGGAGUCCCUACCGAGGACACCUGGCCUGGAGUUUCCAAACUACCUAACUACAAUCCAGAAUGGUUCCCACUGCUUAAACCUCAGAGCCUUCAGAACGUCUGGAACAGGUUGGGCAGGAUUCCGGAAGCCGAAGACCUGGCCUCGCAAAUGCUGAAAGGCUUCCCUAGAGACCGCGUCUCCGCCCAGGAGGCCCUGGUCCAUGAUUAUUUCAGCUCCCUGCCAUCUCAGCUGCACCAGCUUCCCGACGAGGAGUCUUUGUUUACAGUUUCAGGAGUGGGGCUGAAGCCAGAAAUGUAUGACCUUUUGGCUUCCUACCGGAAAGGUCACCGCACAGGCCACUUUAGCAAAUGCUGGUGAAAAGGAAGGGCAACAUCGCCCAGAUCCUUCAGAUCCCUGGCAGGAAGGACAACGGGACAGACGGGAGCGUGACAAUGGAAAGAAUUCAGAGUCUGGGCUUGUGCUUACGGAAGCCUGUCACUCCUGUGUUCACUUACAAUUCCUCCCAACAAAAGGACUUCUGUGGCAAGGAGAGGAUUCGUCUAAGGUUUAAAACAGCCUCCAGAGAAGAUGGUUUCUUGGAUAAAGUUGUCGACCAAAGGACUUGCUUAAGACUCUUUGUUAUGAUUUCCUAGGGCACUCCUUCCCUCGCUUCCUGCACCAUCAAAACACUUUACCGCCCCACCCAGCCAGAUUUUAGGAGUUUGGAUUGAGCUGCUGCUUAGAAUUAAAUUUCAGUUUAUCUCCUUCUAUUGAAUCCUAAUUGUCUGUGAUGAUUGCAAAAGUGAUGAGGAACCUAAGCUCUGAUUUGAUGGUGGAGAUACUGGGUAAACAGAUAGGAGCAAAGAGUUCCAAAGACGUAAUUCAAAUGCUGUUACACCAUCAGACAUGCAUGCAUAUGUGCACACAUGUGACCCUGAAAUGAAAUGGGAGGUUUGUCUCGACUGACACAUGUAUCAUCUUCUUCAAUGACUCCUUCUGAAAGAAGCCAGGACAACUCAAAUUACUUUGUCAAAGGAUCAUCUACUCAGGAAAUGUGGUAGCCUGGA